GUCAGUGUUACGUUUUCCAUAUUUUUUCAAAUAAAAUGAUGGAACAGGCAGUAGAAAGUAUAGAGAUGAAAACAGAAGAACCGUCUUCGCACGAUUUUACAAGCACGAUGGAUCAGGGCGCGGAGAAUGACGAGCCCAGAACAGAUGAUUCGUCGCCAAAGGAAUUUACGAGGCAUUGCGAAUAUUUUCACAUGGUUAUUAGACCUAUGCUAACACCCGGUCAUGAGGGUGAACUGUGCGAAUGGAUGAAGGAAAUGGGUUUACUUCGAAGAACCUGGAGAUGUACAAAUGAGGACUGUAAAGGCGUAAAUGGAUACAUGACGUGGAAUAAAGCUCGUGUUGUUGACAAAUAUAACUGGGCGUGCCCGAACUGUUCUAAGAAGUUAUCAAUAAGAGAAGGGUCAUUUUUUAUACACAUAAAAUGUGAAUUGAAACAGAUUUUCCAAGCAAUUCUAUGUUGGUGUGAACAAACUCCUGUAGCCCAAGCUUCAGCUACUUUAGGUAUUAAAGAUCAUGUAGUUAAACGAAUCUACGACCGUUGCAGUGAAGUGGCAAGCAAGUAUGUGGAAGACCACAACCAUGCUUGGCUUCUUGGUGGUGACAAUGCUGUAGUAGUUAUUGAUAUAUUCCCUGAUGGUUACAUGACGUCUAAUCCAGCCGUAAUUGAUUGCGCUGGCAAAAAAAACACCAAGAAGGUCUUAUGUAUAGCUGACACAAGCCAAAUGCCUGCUCGAAUAUGGGCAAGGAUCUUGGAACAGGAACAUCAAGGAGCAGUUGAAGAAGCUCUAAUGUAUGUUACACAGCAAAUACGACCAGGAUCAACUCUAGUGGCAAAUGAAAGAGCACAUGCAUGUCCAUACAGUGCUAUCUGCCAGUUAAAAGGCUAUCCCAGUAUUAUAAGUGUUGAGACACUUAUGGAACUAGAUCUUCCAGGUACUCGGAGAGUGCAGGAGAAUUUAGAGACAAUCUGGCAGGCCUUAGUAGCUGUCUGUGAAGAAGUAAGAGAUUUGCCAAAGAAAGCUGGAGCAAUACUUCUAAAUGAAUUUAUGUGGCGUCAAGUGUUUGGCAGCUCCUCGUCGACAGCACUUGAGUCAAUACUACAUCACAUAGCAGAUCAGUACUUAGAAGAUGAUAACUGAAACUUUACAACAGGAUUAUAUAUGCAUGUCUGCAUUUCAUCAUCUGUAAGUGUGUGUUUACCGCUUCUACAUGUUUCAUUGCCUUAGGAAAAAAGCACAUAACUCACACAUUCAUUAUAUUCUACUUUCAUACUGUUACUCAUGCUCGUCGUGCAGUUGUGAGAUGACAGCACCAAGUAAAAAUAUCUAAUAUUGUCAUGCUUUUGAUAGUAAAUGGAUUUCCAAAAGGCACAUGAUUCCAAAUACUCACUAUUAGACUCUCCACAAUGGCUUGUAUUUGGCAAAGUGAAAUCUGGUAAUUU